AUGUUCUUCCAGGACGGCCUGACCGGCUCUGCCUGGGGCGACUGGGCGCUCUACACUGGAUCCCCGCUGCGCGCGUUCGAGAGUGAGCUGGGCGUGCAGGACCCAGUGGGCUUCUGGGACCCGGCUGGGUUCACGGCGGACGGUAGCACCGCUAACUUCGCCCGCCGGCGCCAGACCGAGCUGAAGCACGGCCGCGUGAGUAUGCUGGCGACGAUGGGCUACAUCACCCCAGAGAUUACCGGCAAGCUGCCAGGAUACCUGUCGCCGUCCGCGGGCCUGAAGUUCGCGGACAUCCCGAACGGGCUCGGUGCGAUCUCCAAGGUUCCCGCAGCGGGCUGGGUGCAGAUCGUAGCCUACGCCGCGUUCUGCGAGCUGUCCCAGAACCAAUCCCCGGGCACGCCUGCGGCGGCGGGCGAUUUCGGUUGGAAGGUGCUCACCGCUAGCGACCCCGUGGAGAAGCAGAAGAAGUUGGCGGCUGAGAUCGCCAACGGUCGCCUGGCGAUGAUGGCGAUCAUCGGCAUGUUCUUCCAAGACGGCUUGACCGGUUCUGCGUGGGGCGACUGGGCGCUCUACACGGGCUCUCCGUUGCGCGCGUUCGAGAACGAGAAAUUGCCAGUGAUCAAGCAGUGUUAG